UGCGGGCCGGGCGGGCGGGGGAGGCGGCGGCGGCGGCGCCGGCGCGGUCGCUGGUGGACAGCCUGGUGGAGCAGCUGUCGCAAGUGAAGCAGCAGCUGCGGGAGCGCGACCGGGCUGCGGCGCAGGAGGCGGAGGCACAGAGCCAGGAAGUGCAGCAGCUGAAACAGCAACUGGAAGAAAAAGAGAGAGAGAUGCAGCAGAUUGUAAGCCAGCCUCCGCAUGAAAGGGAGAGAGAAAUCUUAAGACUCAAGAGAAGCUUGGCAGAAAGAGAAAAAGUCCAGGCCACUAGUGAAGUACUGUGCCGUUCUCUAACUGAUGAAACUCACCAACUUCAGCGUAAAUUGGCGUCAACAGCAGAAAUGUGUCAACACCUGGCAAAAUGUCUAGAGGACACACAGAAAAAAGAGAGAAGGCAUUCCAAGGAACUGAUUCCUAUUGAAAGAUCCAGUCAGCUGUCAGAAAAAGAACCUUCACUCCAAACAAUUAUCUGCAAACUACAAGAGGAGAACAGGAUGUUAAAACAAAAAGUGGUUCAUGUAGAAGACUUGAAUGCAAAAUGGCAGAAGUAUGAUGCCAGUAGAGAUGAGUAUGUGAAGCGACUUCACCUGCAGUUGAAAGAACUGAAGUCACAACCAGAGCAACAACUUGGCAUAACAUCCUUGCAAACAAAUUCAGAUUUGAUGCAAAAAGAGAUUGUUCGGUUAAACAAGUUAUUGGAAGAUAAAAUGAAUGAGUGCAUUAAAGCAAAGGGAGAGUUAGAGGAUGUGCAGAAGGCAAGAGCUGGAGAUAGUGAACGCAUACAGAUGCUGGAGCAGCAGGUCCUCGUUUACAAGGAUGAUUUUACAUCUGAAAGAGCAGAUCGAGAGCGUGCACAGAGUAAAAUACAAGAACUGCAGGCAGAAAAUGCUUGUCUACAGCAUCAAUUAAACAGGAGACAGGACUCAAGAGAGACAGCUGGUCAUUUCAGAGUUCAGAUUGACAGUCAAAAUCACAUGUACAUACAGACAAACGUUAAACACUUGCUGGGGACCAGUCAGACCCAGUCGGGUGCGAGGCGAGCAGGGUCACAAUCUGCAUUGCAAGCUGGUGAAUUACAAGCUGCUGCAGCCAUAGACCAUGGGAGUUCAGCAGCAGAGGGAAGAGGCCAAGGUGAACUUCGAUGUCCACAUUGCAUGAGGUUCUUCAGUGAUGAACUCAGCGAGGAAUUUCUCAAGCAUGUUGCUGAAUGUUGUCAGUGAUCAUAAGACCUGGGGAAUGCCAGGAAAAUAACCACUACUAAAAGAACAAAGGAAAUAGCACUUUGAUAAAGAUGUAAACUACAGUACUGAUUAAUGCUGAUUAUCCUUUUGAUAACCAUAUCAUUCUGUUUGGAUGUUUGACUUAUCAAAAUACAUUGUUAUGCUUAUCCAUUUCAGUGUUUGGUAUCUUUGAUUUAAAAUACCGAUGGUUCUAUCACUGAAAGAAGUUAGUUGAUAACUGACUUGAAGAAUAGUAAUUCAAAUGAAGCAACUAAUUUUAAAUGGAUACAGUACACGAUGCUAAGAACCAGACUAUCAACUGUCUACCUCUUACUUCACGCCAUCUGUUGGACUGCACAAAAGACCUCAGGAUAAAGCAUGCAAUCUGUCCAAGGAUGGAAAAACAGUUAACUUUUCAACAAACAUGAGGACCACCAAAAUCACCUACAACAAGAAAGUCCACAGGAGUGGAAGCUAGGCUGAAAGUCUGUUGUUCCUUGUGGGGAUCUCAAUGCUUGUCAGAAUUAGAGUAAAACUCUGAAAAGGAAGUUAAAUUUAAGAAAUCCAGAAACAUUCAAUGAGAAGUACUUCAGCAAAAGAGGUAGAAACAAGAGGAUGGUCAAUCCAACUAGAACUAAACUUGUUUGUUUGCACUUAGUGCAUAGAGCUAUUUAUUUUUUCUUCUGUCUGAAAUAAUUGUAUAAUUAUUUCAAUGAUUGUGUGCGUGCGUGCGUGCAUGCGUGUGUAUGUAUAUAUAUUUUAUAACUGCCUAAAUAUUAUUUUUAUAAUAAAAAAUAACAGUGAUGGCUGUGUUGGUA